GUUAAACGUGUUUUGGAACGAUUAUUUAAACAGUCAAUGUAAAUUCUUAAGGUGUGAUAAAAUGUCCUAACGACAUGUUUUUCAGAUCAAGUUAAGUAUAAUGAGCCACUUAUGAUUGUGCAGUUGAAGUGAACGCAUCAUGGAAGAAUACAUUCGCGUUGAGGUGCUGCCAGACAUUUUUACAUACUAUGAAAAAACUGAUUAUAAACUUGUCAACUUUGAGCUACAGCCGUUGGAAUCGGAUAUACACGGUUUCUCCUCAAAUUUACUUGAUUUGAACUUGAGUAUCCUGGUGAAAAAAGAUGGAAUUCUGGCAGAAGAAGCUUACUCCCUGCUCGUAAAAUGUAUAAAGGACGAUUGCAUAAGGCAAAAACUAUUAGAGAGUUGGACUCAAUUCUCCAAUGAAACCCAACUUUACCGUACCAUCUGUCCAAUAUUCAAGAAACUGAUUGAUUUCAAGUUAUUCCCAGAUUGUCCUUACGCUGUGUUUAAAAAGGUUACGUCGAAAGAGAAUAUGGCUCCGACAGAUGGUAUUGUGAUCCUAGAGAAUUUGACGAAAGAAGGGUAUAAAUUAGCGCAGCAAAAAAUUCUUGAUAUGGGACACUGUGUAAGCGCAUUGGAACACCUGGGCAGAUGGCACGCACUGUCUCUAAUUAGUAAAGAACUGCAUCCGGAACAGUUUAAUGACCAAAUACUGACUGGACUUAAAGAAUGUACCUGGACUGAAAAAUCAGGUGCCACAGUUCGUCAAAUUAUUGCCAUGUGUGUAACGCGACUAUUCAACAAUGCGAAAUAUGAAGAAAAUCCGCAAACCUACAAAGCAAUGAAAAUACUGGAAAGACAUAUAGAAAAUAUGAGAGAGUACAUGGAAACACUUAUAGCGAGAAGUAGCAAAUCCAAAUUGAGUGUCGUAUGCCACGGUGAUUACUGCCGAAAUAAUAUUCUCUUCAAAUACGAUGAAAAUGAAAGACCAGCGAGCGCAAUUGCAAUUGACUAUCAGUAUCUACGUUUUGGAUCAGUAGCUCUCGACUUGUCAUAUUUUAUUUACAUGAAUGCGGAUAAAGAAGUACGUGAAAAUUCUUUGACGGAACUGAUAACGAAGUAUCAUGUGUCUUUAGUAUCAACGAUGAAAGAAGUUUUGAUAUCGGAAACAAAAAGAAACAAUCCCAAUGCGAAGUCUUUGGUACUACCAUCGCUGGAUUCAAUUUUAGAAGACUUUCGCCAAUUCGGUGUCUUUGGCUUGAUUUAUGGAAUUUCUUUUAUGCCAAGCAAAAUGGGUACUGAAGAAGAAAUGAAACAAUUAGUCGAAUUAAUUACGAACCCGAAAGGCACUGAAUUACGUAAUGCGAUUUAUUCUGUCGGAGGUGACGCCGGCACAAACACGAUAAUUCAAAUGUUCGAAACAGCUGUUACACUGGAUCAAGUUAUUAUAGAAUGAAUUGUAAACGUGAGGUUCUUAUAUAAUGCAUCUGUUUAUAUGUAUGAUGAAUUAUUGUUUUGUAACAUAAAUAAUCAAAUUCAACUUCGAACAAUUCAAUCUGAUAAUAAAAAUUCUAAGCUUGCAAUCGCAAAUCAUUUUUUCACCAACUCAGUGUACACUGUUCGUUCAACCAAUGAUUGUAUUUAUUCAGGAAUUCGCAAUUUGCAAUGAAUAGGCUAAAAAGAUAAUUCGCCCGCUAUGACUCAUAGCAUAAGACAACGAUAUUCAAGUUGUUUUUGGAAUACUUGCAUUCAAAUUAAGUACAAUAAGUUAUUAACAUAUUAUAAUUAUGUUACACGAGUGCGCUUAUCAGUAAAACUAGAGAAAAACUGCAAACCGAAACUUCCUUCCUGCCAGUUAAACUGAGUAUAUCAUGGAGGAAUAUAUUCACACUGAAAUCGUACCAAAAGUUUUACAAUAUUCUAAGAAGAAUGAUUGCAAACUUACUAGAUGUGAAGUCCGAUCUUUGAAAAAUAAUGUGAUUAAUUUCAGUUCCAUUUUGUUCGAUUUGAAUAUGAGUA